GCUAGGCUAUUUGGUUUAUCAACGUCCUGUUGUAAUUUAAUAGAACAUAUCUAGAGCACACACAUUGUAAUGGAUGACCAAGUGAAGAAUAUAGACAGGAAGGAGCAAGCUGACCCACUUCUCAAUGGCUACUCGGAUGACCAAAACGACGUGAAACAUGUCGCUGAGCAGGAAGGAGAUGCAGACCGGAACGGCGGUGUAUGUCGGCGACUACUGGCGACGACGGGAAGGUUGCGGACGGACCCUGUGUACCGCCACCGGAUAAUACACACAGCCGUCAUCUGUUGGGCGUUUGUUGGUUUGGGUUGGUGCGUGGGGUUGAGCGGACCAACAUUUCCGGAUAUCCGCCUCAUUAUGGGAGAGGACCUGGCCACGGCCUCCUGGAUUUUCACAGCUGGCAGCUUCGGGUACAUGACUGGCUCCUUGUCUGGUGGCGUUCUGUAUGACCGCUUCAACAAGCUGUUGCUGCUGGCCGCCUCAACGUUUGGCCUGGCCGUCAGCACUGCCGCCGUACCCUACUGUAGCUCCUUAGUCGCCAUGCUCGCGAUCAAAUUCCUAGGAGGUUUCGCAUGUGGACAUCUCGACGCAGGAGGCAAUGCUGAUAUUCUUCACAUUUGGGGAUCCGAAAACGGGCCUUACAUGCAGGCCGCACACUUUGGGUUUUCGCUCGGAGCCCUGCUGUCUCCGCUGGCUACGGGGCCUUUUCUGACGAAGAAAACAUCAGUAUGCGACACGAGGACCAGCGGAGAAGCCAAAAUUGGGUCUAACAUUACAGUCACGGACACCGUAGUCGUCUCAAAGAACGGUUUACUGUACAUAACGGAUAACAAUCGUUCGAAUGGCCCACAAGGAAAUAGGUCUGUUGUUGACCUUAUUGCUAACCCACAGAACCCGAACUGUUACGAGUCUUACGGGGAAUCGAAGGUCAGCGUUGCAUUUUGGAUCGCUGCCAUCAUUGUUCUCACUUCUGCAUUUGGUUUUAUGUUCAUGUACAUUAAGUUGAAAUGCUCAACUGCCAACGAAAAGGCUGAUGUGAAAGAGGCUUCAAAGGUUGACCGAGAAAAGGUUGAGCGAAAUGAGAUGACCGUAUCUGUAAAGGUUUCCAUUCUUGUCGUUUUGUGCAUACUGAUGGCGGCUUACUGUACCACAGAAGACUGUUUUUCUAGUUUCUUGAUGACGUUUGGUCUGACAUAUUUAGACUGGGAUGAAGCUACAGGUGCAUACGCCACUGCGACUUUCUGGACCUCGUUCGGUGUUGGGCGGUUUAUCGGAAUAUUCACAGUGUCCUGUUGUUCUACCGUCGCGAUGUUGACUACGUACUUGGGAUUACUGACACUAGGAUAUAUUGGCUUCAUGGUCAGCUCGAUAUAUCGCUUCUAUCCCUUAAUAUGGACAUUUACAGCUGGGCUUGGGUUUGCGAUGUCAGUCAUAUUCCCCGCAAUAUUCAGCUGGACGUCCAAGCACGUGAUACACGUGAGUGGAAAGAUUUCCGGUAUGUUUCUCGUGUCUGCCUCAGUAUCCGGUAUGUGCCUGCCACUGUUGAUAGGGCAUCUGAUGGAGUAUUUCUCACCGAUGUGGUUUGUGUACAUUCUCGUCCUCGCGACACUCGUCUGUCUGCUUUCCUAUGCGACCAUUCGAUUACUUGUAAGGACAUAUGUGAAAGACAGGCUACCAAACGAAGAAUCUGUUGAAAUUCACAUUGAUAAAGAAUCGUUAGAUGUUUGACAAAGGAAGAAUUUACACCUAAAGCGUUACGGAAAACGUUUUUAUAUUAUGGAUGUGGGAUUUUUAUAUAAAUACAGAAAUAAAAUAUUGAAACCUUGA